AUGGAGCCCGCUGCGCAAGACCAGCCCAAGUUAGGCGCGGAGACCGCGCCGCCGACGUCGCCCAAACCCUCCGAAACCCCGCAGGCCGAGCCCGCGGAGCGCCACAUUCUGUGCGCGUUCGAUGGUUCCCUCGGGGCCAGGAGCGCGUUCGAGUUUGCGCGGGACAAGAUUGCGAGCAGGGAGCGCGGCGACGACCUGGUGCUGUUCCAGGCCUUUGAGUCGCUAUACCCCCCGGGCUUCUUCGACACCGUCAGCGAGGGCACACGGCGGACCCUCCAGGAGCAGGAGGGCCGCCGGCUGACCGAGGCCGUCAACGAGUUGCACAAACUGGCCGGCACGUCCGGGUCCGUUCCGUGCACCUUCGCGGUCGUUGCAGGCGACCCGCGCUCAGAGCUCCUCAAGCACCUGAACAGCCAUCCGGUGGACUUGGUGGUUAUGGGCAGCCGGGGCCUUAACCCGAUGUCGCGACUCUUCCUGGGCAGCGUCAGCAACCAUGUGGUGCACAACAGCCCGGUCCCGGUCGUCGUGGUACCCACCGCGUCAGACCCGGUGGGGGGACUGGCCGCCAGUUUGCGGCGCGGCCUCACUGUGGAGGAAUCGAGCGCCAAUCCGUGA